CCCCUUGCGCCCCGCCCCGAAUCCUUGUCACGUGAUGCUCCCUCGCCCUGCGCGCGCGGGACGUACGUGCUUUCCCUACGUCACCGCGCCUCUUCCCAUCUUUCUUCGCAGGCGGAAGGAAGUCCCUGGUGCCUAGUGACUGUGCAAAGAUGAAUACCAGAGGGCUUGGAUCUCAGCUGAAGGAUACUAUUCCCAUUGCUGAUUUUUCAGCAGGAGAAGCAUUUGAAAGCCAUGGUGUGAUACAUAGAGGCUUUGCAAAUGUGAAGAAUGAACUUUUUCCUGCUCAUCCUUUGGAGUUAUCAGAGAAAAAUUUUACAUUAAGUCAAGAAAAGAUGAAUCUUUCUACUCUGAGAAAUAUUCAAGGACUACAUGCACCACUUAAGUUGCAAAUGGAAUUCAAAGCAGUGAAACAGGCCCAGCGUCUCCCUUUCCUUCAUAGCUCUAACCUGUCACUGGAUAUUUUGAAAGGCAACUAUGACUGCAUUGGUUUUGAGGAUAUUCUGAAUGAUCCGGAACAAAAUGAAAUAAUGGGAGAGCCUCAUCUGAUGGCUGAACGCAAACUUGGUUUAUUAUAACGUACAGUCCAGCAUUAUGUACACAAAAUUAUUAUGUUAACUAUAGCUGUUUCCCUUCAGAAUGAAGUAAACCAUAUUAAGUGGUAGUUAUGCUUGUUUGAUAAAACCGUUUAUCACCUGCCUGGAUGAAAAUGGCAUAUUAAAUGCUUGAAAUAUAUGACAUUUGUUCUGUGUUUACUGUCAAUAUAAAUGUCUUGUAAUUGGGUAUUUUAAAAUAUAUCAGGAAAUACCAUUUCUAUAUUCAGGGCUAUAGUGUUUCAUGUCUGCAUUUGUAGAGGUCUACACAUUAAAAUGUCUAUAGCACAAGAAAUUUUAAAUGGUUGUAAGAUAUUUGCUGUUGAAUCUUUCUUUGUUCUGGAUGAUUUCUCAUGGCAUCUUAUAAAACAACUAAUAAAUUUUUCUACAACUGC